AUGGUGACUUGUGAGUCUGUAAAAAUGUUAAUAUUAGCGUUAAUCAGUGAGAUAAAAAUUGUAGUCAAGACUGCUACUAAUUCUGCUAAAGAAGAAGAUAAUACUGAGCUACUUAAAUUAGAAAGAGAACUUUCAGUGUAA